AUCCUGCCACAUCUUAACACACACACACACACACACACAAAGACUCGUGGAGUGUCCACUGUCUCUUUCUCUCUCUGAAUAGCUCUACCAAUGAGAGCUCCAUAUCCAGAUCACAUGCUCCUAGUUCUCUCUCUACACAGCUGCAGGAAGCCAUGCUUAUCCUUUUCAUGUCUCCUCCUCCUCCCUGCCUCAUCCUUUCUCCCUGUUCUUCCCCUGCCUUUCUCUCUCAUGUUUCUAGGUCUUGGGCAGGUGCAUGAACAUGGAUAUAGAAACAGAUGAAUGCAACAGCAGCAAGAAAAACAGAUCUGGAGCUGUGCAUUUUUUUGGUAAGACCAGACCUUAACCAGCUGCCAGGAGAGAAAGACAGGGUGUGCGAGUGAGUGAGAGCAGGAAGAUGGAGGACACUCAGCCAACGGAGGAGAGGAGGGAGGACGGUUUGAGGGCUUCAGGAGCCAAUGCGUCCCUCUCCCCGGCAACCUUAAGCCCAGCUGUUCCUCCGUACGUGAAGCUGGGCUUGACAGUGGCCUACACGGCUUUCUACUCACUGCUCUUCGCCUUUGUCUAUGCCCAGCUCUGGCUGGUGCUGCGCUACCGGCACAAGCGCUUCAGCUACAAGACAGUGUUCCUCUUCCUGUGCCUGCUGUGGGCGGCACUGCGUGCCCUGCUCUUCUCCUUUUACUUCAGAGACUGCGUGACGGCUAACGCUCUUGGGCCCUUUGCCUUCUGGCUGCUCUACUGCUUCCCAGUGUGCCUGCAGUUUUUCACACUCAGCCUGAUGAACCUCUACUGUGCACAGGUUUUCUUUAAGGCCAAGUCGAAGUAUUCUCCUCAUCUGCUCAAGUACAAGUUCCCUUUGUACCUGGUCUUCAUAGGUGCUAGUCUGCUCUUCCUCUUGGUGAAUCUGGCUUGUGCUCUGCUGGUUAAGAUGACAGAUGCGCAAGUUAAGACUAUCGUCUUGGUGCGUGUCACCAUUAACGACUCCCUUUUCGUGCUGUGUGCCAUCUCUCUCUCCAUCUGUCUCUACAAGGUGGCCAAGAUGUCCCUUGCCAGUAUCUACCUAGAGUCCAAGGGGACCUCUGUGUGUCAGGUGACCCUGAUUGGCAUCCUGGUGAUCCUCCUGUAUACAUCACGUGCCUGCUACAAUCUCGUCGUUCUGGCUUUAACAAACAUCGAAAACAUUAAUUCCUUUGAUUAUGACUGGUACAAUGUGUCUGACCAGGCAGACCUGAGGUCCAAUCUGGGUGAUGCUGGAUAUGUGGUGUUUGGGGUGAUUCUCUUCGUAUGGGAACUUCUGCCCACCUCCCUGGUGGUCUUCUUCUUCAGGGUCCGCAAGCCAGCACAAGACAGGAGUGCAUCUGCCAUCCCCAGUCACGUUUUCUCCACCAAACGCUACUUCUUUGACAAUCCUCGACGAUAUGACAGUGAUGAUGAUCUGGCCUGGGGAUCCUAUCCUCAGAAUUCUUCAACAAGUUUGUCCUCAGACUGCUAUGACUGGGGCAGCCGAAGCAGCAGCUUCCUCAUAAAUCUGGGUGGAGAAAAUCAGCGAUCGUCACCAGGCCUAAACCAUUAACACAAGAGCUUCGUAUACUGCUAUUUGUAUUUCCUUUGACGCACUGCACUUUAACAUGUACAUCUGCAUAUAUGGGUCUUUAGUUGACUAACACUUCCGAGGCACACUCCAGCCAGAAAGGGGAUUGCGCAAAGUGAGAUCUAAGGAAGGCAUGUGUUACCAUGGUGAUCAAGGCUAAGCAAUGCAUGGGUUACCAUGGUAACCCUGUCUGACUGCCUUGUAAUCUCUCACACUGUAACUAAUGUAAAAAGGUACACUAAUCAAGAUUUCAGCUGUCACGUCUUCAAUCAAAAGGCCACAAAUGUCACAAAUGUAAGUUGUAGUUGUUCCUGUAGUACACACUUGUAGCUAAACCUAGUAGGAAUCUGUUUACACUGUAAUUAUUCUCACUCUCUCUCUCUCUCUCUCUCUCACACACACACACACAGAGGGAAAGGAUACACACAGUUCAGUUUUAAUCAUCAUAUGGAAGCAAAGAAAUCUUUAAAAAAAAUCUUAAUUGGAGUACCUUUAACUCUGCCAAGCACUAGUAACUUCACGUAUAUAAGUUUUAGUCACUAUCAUAUACACGAGUGAAAAUAAUGACCAUAAAAUAAGCUAUUAUUUACAGCAUGAACACGUUAUUUGCUGUAUUUGUGUUGACAGUAAAAAAUAGUAAAAGACAAGAAAUACUGCUCCUAUUCCAGCAUUUAUUCUUUUUAAAGGAAUAAAUGUUUUUAUUUCUUCAGCAGUAUUUCAUGCCUUUUUUUCAUGCUAUUUGUGAAAAUAAGCUUUCAAUGGGUUUGUUGGUUAAAAGUAUUUUGUUGAGCACAAGAUUGUAAAGGUUCACCAAUAAAGAAAUAUUUUGAUGUUUGAAA